AUGGCCCGGGGCGGCUGCCUGUUUGCUCGCUGCCUCACUGGCAUCGGCGAGGCUGCCUUCAUCUGCCUGUCUCCCUCGUUGAUCGAUGACAUUGCCCCGCCGUCGGCCCGCUCGCGUUGGCUGGCGGUCUUCUUCUCCAUGCUUUCCAUCGGCUAUGCGCUGGGGUUCCUGGGUGCCGGCAUCAUCGCCAGCUUGGCGGGCUGGAGCUGGGUCUUCGCCACCGAGGCCCUGGUUACCCUGCCCUUCGCCAUUCUGUGCUACUGGCUGCCGAACAUCCGGGGCCUGGAGCUCGGCGGCGCGGAUGCCACCAAGCCGGAGAUCGCCAAUGCCACCGGCGCCGAUACCCCCCCGCUGGCCUUUGAUGAGGGUCUGGCAGCCGGGUCUAUCAACGGCGGCUCGGCCACCGCCGAGGGCAAGGAGUAUGCCGGUGCCAUUGACCGGUAUUCGGCCACCGACGCGGCCCGGGUGCCGAAUUACGACGACAUCCUGGCCGGUGAUGCGCUGGUGGCCGGGGCCACGGCCGCCACGCCGACCGCCUCGGCGGGCCAUGCUCCGGACGCCAACAAGACCUUCAUGCACUCGCUGCGCCUGCUGGCCAAGAACCCCAUUUACAUCCUGAUGACCCUGGGCUACUGCGCGCAGACCUUCGUCUUCGGGGCCCUGUCCUUCUGGGUGCACGCCAGCGCCUUCAUCCGGUUCUUCCACCGGCCGCGCGUCCUGCUGGCCUUCCUGUGCUUCCUGUCGUUGAUGAACUACUACGAUCGCGGUGCCUUCAUCGGGGUGAUGCCGCUGCUGACCGAGGAGUUUGGCUUCUCCGAUUCCGAGGCCGGCCUCAUUGGCGGGUCCUUCAUCGUGGGUUAUGCGCUGGUGUCGCCGGUGGCCGCGCAGCUGAGUCGCUAUGUCCGGUCCGGCCCGCUGCUCAUGGUCGGCAUGCUUGCUUGGUGCAUUGCCACUGGCAUGUGCUUCUUCGCCAAUGGUUUCUGGUUCCUUAUGAUCGCGCCCCAACCGCGGGGCCUGGGCCAAGAUCGGACCCGGGCCCCGAUCGUGCGGCCGGGCGUGCGUUUGCGCGGCACCCUUUCGUUUCCACCUGGCCUCGACAGCACUCGCGCCGGCAUUUACCUGUCCGCGGUGCUGGUCCUUAUUGCCUACACCCCCAUCCAGUUUGCGGUUUUCAUGCCGAGCGCCGUGGCCUUCCUGCUGAUCGUGGCCCUGGGCGAGUUCUUCCUGCUCUCCUCGCUGACUCCCGUGAAUGCGGUGUUCCUGUCCUGUGUGUCGUCGGACCAGCGCGGCCACUCGAUGGCCGUGAUGACGCUGCUGAUCCAUCUGCUGGGAGACAUGUGGUCGCCGUACAUCUUCGGUGCCAUCUCCGAUGCGUCCAGCAAGCAGGUGGCGCUCUUCUGCGUGGCGGCCGUGCUGAUCAUGACCGCGGCCUUCUGGUGUGCUGGUGCGCUGUAUGCCCGGCAGACCGGGCGCUCGCAUCUUGGCGGCGCGUCGCCCACCUCCAGCGGCUUCAUGAAGAUCGACGACGCGUAA